AUGAAACUGAAAUUAUUAGAGGGCAAGAAUAAUGAAAAAGAAAGAGCUAUUACGGCGGACGAUCCAAGACUAAAGGUGGAGAUGAAGAUGCUCAGAUCCAAGUUCAAACACCUGAAUAUUCAGAAAAAAAUUAUCGAUUCUGUAGAUAAGGUCGUCAACACCGUUUCAUUGAAGAACCGAAUCCAAUGGUUCCAGCCAUGUUUCAUGGGUUACUACCAGCAGAAUACGCAAGAAUUCCUACGUUACUUGCUGGUUGGUUUGCAUGAAGAUGUGAACAAGGUGUUGGUGAAGCCAAUUUUGACAGAGAUUACUGAUGAUAUGAACGAUGACAAAAGGGCAGAAGAAUCAUGGAAAAGAUAUUUGAAAAUGACAACAAAAAUAAUAGAUAAUUUCGUCGGUCAGUUGGAAUCGACCUUGAAAUGUUCUUUCUGUGGUUACUGCUCGGUCACCUUCGAUUGCUUCUGGGAUUUGUCGCUGCCUUUACCACAAAGGACUGGUCACAUGAGGCUAUCACAGUGUAUGGACUCUUUCACACGUGAGGAAACUCUAGACGAAGACGAUAUGCCGACUUGUUCCAAGUGUAAGGAGCGCAGGAAAUCUACGAAAACUUUGUCUUUUCACAAGUUUCCAAAAGUGUUGGUUAUUCCUUUGAAAUAUUUUAGGUCUUCCGUAUGUUCGUCAGACAAAGUCAACGUCAUUAGAGACUUUCCGCUCGAGGAUUAA